GGCCGGGCUUUGGGGGCGGGGCGGAGUGGGGUUAUGGCGGCCACGGCGACGAACCCGGUCGUCUUCUUCGACGUCACCAUCGGCGGCCAGGAGGUGGGCCGGAUGAAGGUGGAAUUGUUUGCAGAUGUAGUGCCGAGGGCAGCAGAGAAUUUCAGGCAAUUCUGCACAGGAGAAUUCAGAAAGGAUGGCGUGCCUAUUGGAUUCAAAGGAUGUACUUUCCACAGGGUGAUUAAGGACUUCAUGAUCCAAGGAGGAGACUUUGUAAAUGGUGAUGGAACAGGUGUGUGCAGUAUCUACAGAGGUGUUUUUGGAGAUGAAAACUUUAAAGUUAAACACUCAUUACCCGGUUUCCUCUCCAUGGCAAACAGUGGCCCGAACACAAAUGGGUGUCAGUUCUUUAUUACCUGCUCCAAGUGCGACUGGCUUGACGGGAAGCAUGUAGUUUUCGGGAAAAUCAUUGACGGGCUACUUGUAAUGAGGAAGAUUGAGAACGUCCCCACUGGACCCAACAACAAGCCCAAGCUUCCAGUUAUAAUUGCACAGUGCGGAGAGAUGUAGAGAGAGCACACUCGUCUCGUCGCCCCCGGCCCCAGUGAUCACGAAGCUCACUGGAGUAUACCUGGCAAGCCGCUGAGAUAUUGCUUCCGGUCCUGAUCUUUAAAAGAAUAUGCACAAAUGGCGUGGGAUUUUGAUGAGCUCCUUGUUACCUUGCUACGAUAAUUCCUGCAUUGAUGGGAUAAGACUGUAGGAAGUGGGCGUUGAAUGUAACUUUGAUACCAUUUUUUCCCCCAUCUUAGUUUUAUUGAUGGGUUCAGUUACAGGCAGCGAUGAUUUUUCUUAUAAAAAAAUAAAGUUAUUACCUGGAGAGAAAA